ACUCUACCAACACCUCUCUGUCUCUCUCUCCCUCUCUCUUUCUCUCCGCCUGCUCUCCCUGCGAACGUUCUCAGAGAGAAAGGAACAUCCCUUGAUUAUCGAUCACGGCGCACGGCGCAGCGCGUCAUGAUGGACGAGUUGGACAACGUAUUUGACGAUCAUCCCUCCCUUGAUGCCUCGCUGGAGGACUUUGAGGCCAACAGCAACAAUGUCCACCGCACACCCCUCUUUGGAUUGCCCUCGCAGCACUCAGGUUUCCGGGCAGAAGAGUCUGAUGGCGAUGCGACUUCGACUGCAGGAGAACCCUGGUCACCCCCAGGCUUUCGGCGACAUGAUUACGUUCCAGGCAGCGGCUGGUACCGGCACCAGCCUUACUCGCGCAAAGAAGACAACAAUCGAUUGGAGUUGAAGCCGCCCGUUCGCGACAGUCCAUCGCAGUCGCGGGAACCCAGUCCACAGUAUGAGGAUGCGCAGGAGGGGCCAACAUCGCCGGGCAAGGACGCUGCGCAGGUCGGAGAGCUCGGAGACAUCUCGAUACCGGCCAAUGUGCCGCUCCCUAAGGGGACGGACUCGCCGUUGAAGGGGCGGUCACCUAGCCCGACUCCAGCACCCAGAGGGGGCAAUGAUGGUGACGGCGUCGAGUUUGGGGCGGAGAAUCUGAGCAAUUAUAUCCGCUUUGCCGUACGGGCGGAAGUCCAGCACCGUGAACCGUUUGUCGCAUUGUUUAACUAUGCGCGAUCCAAGUUCGACAGCAUGACAAGCUCGAAAUCGACGACGACGCUGUCCGUCAUCGUUGCGCUGCUCUCGAUUGCUUUCAUGCGGGCCCUGUUUCUUCCUCCCGUGCCGCAAGCGGUGCCCGACUUGGUCAAACUCUCUGGCCUGGCGCGUUCCUUUGAGCCAUUGAUAUACUAUUCGGAGAAUGGCGUGCAGCAGAUUGGCACUCUGCAGGAGACAGGGGUUGCGGUUUGGGACCUGGGGGAGUCCGUACGCGGGACCAACAUGACCAGUGCUCCGCUUAUCGUGCGCGAACUGGACGAACUGUCUGAAUCUCUCAAGACUUUGUCGCUGGAGCUCACGCGAUUCUUUGCGAACGUUGAUUCUGACAUCGACUCCAUCCUGAUCGUAAUGGACUGGGCCAAGCGCGAACUGGAGUCAUUGUCCUCGCAGCCGCCCAGUGCGAUACCAAGCAUUGUAUAUGAUAAUUUACAUACAAUGCUCUCGCGGUUAGGAGCUCUGGAGCGGAUUUCGGCCACCGUAGGCGAUGCAGAACCCAGUGAUCUCUCCACAACCACCCCUACGAUGCUGGGCCAUAUCGUGAUGGCCGUCUUUGGACCGACCUCUGCGCAGCGGACGAGAGCCACUCUGACGCGGACGUUCACAGAGUUUCUCUCCGUGCUCGAAGAGUCAAUUAACAGCGAAUUGACACACUCCACGGCACUGUUUGCCCUUUUUGAAGCCAUUGACCGGCAGUUCCUGAAUCUACAACGUACAGUCGUCCGUGAGUCGGAUGCGCAAGAGCGUGCGGAAGGCGAAAUGCUUAGUUCGCUAUGGACCCGGGUUCUGGGUCCUGAUGCGGCGAUGGUGCGCAAGUAUGAAAAGAACAAGCGACUCCUGGCCAGUGUUCGCAGCCGCACCGUCGCGAAUAAGCAUCUGCUCAUGGACCACCGUGGUCGACUGCUGACGCUCAAGGUCGGCCUUGAGACCCUCCGUCGGAAACUGGUGAGUCCACUGGUACGUCGGAACGAUUCGGUCAGCUUCAUGGGUAUCGAUGGCGCGAAUAGCCGGAAUGCCGGCAGGACCCUGACUCCUGUCGAAGCUGUGGUUGAGGGUCAGAUCCGGGGCUUGGAGGGCGCAUACGACUACCUCCGUGCCGUGCGCGAAAAGCAGAAGGCCAAGCUGAUGGAAAUGGUAUAUGGAUCUGGGAGAAGAGUGCCUGGGAGCUCAACACUGCCGACCCCUGAACCGGAGCAGGAAGUCAUCGAGGAGAGGUGAGGCUAUCAGCGCGAAAAAAGAAAGAUGCUGAUCUGGCUCCUUGUUUUCGUUUCUUGUCUCCUGAUUAGGGCGUUUAUACUCAUCAAUACCCCAUCUUGUUUCCCCGACGGACUGCAUAGUAUAAUGUCUCCUUUGCUUCUCUUGGCCAUGGACUCCCCUCCCCGGUCCAUGGU